UGCCCGCAAGAAGACUUGUUCGUUCAUGUAUAGUCAAGCAUUAAUUAAACACGACUCUGACUGCUAAACUAAUACUGCCAUAUAGUCUACUAGUUCUCAGUUCUACUCUACGUCUUUGUUUCACCGUUCACACUCCACACUUGUUCACGAUGUAUCUUCUUCCACAUCUGCUUGCAAUUCUUGGUCUCUCAGCUUUGCUUCUACUUUACAAACAACGGAGACCGAUGAAUCAGAAUUCAAAUAGUAAUAGUUUCAAGGCCCGCAAACAGCCCCCAGAACCAUCAGGUGCCUGGCCUGUCAUAGGCCACCUUCCACAAUUGAACAGCCACGACACCCUGGCCAGGACCUUUGGAGCCCUGGCAGAUAAAUACGGUCCUGUCUUUUCCAUCCGGCUGGGAAUGACCCGGGCCCUGGUCGUGAGCAACUGGGAAGCUGUCAAAGAAUGCUUUACAACCAACGACAAAAUCUUGGCUUCUCGCCCGGAUUCUAACGCCGGAGUAUACCUCGGCUACAAUAACGCAGCUUUUGGUUUUGCACCUUACGGCCACUUUUGGCGCCAGAUGAGGAAGCUGGUUUUGCUAGAGGUUCUUUCGAAUCGAAGGCUCGAGACUCUCAGGCAUGUCCGAGUCUCAGAAAUACAAACCAGCACCAGGGAAUUAUUCUCAGUUAUCAACAGAGAAGAAAAUGCUCCAGCAAAGGUGGUGAUGAGCGAGUGGGUUGAGCAAUUAACUUUGAACAUAAUUGUGAGGACAAUUGCCGGCAAGAGAUACAGUGAUAGCGCAGCUGGUAACAGAAUUGAUGCUCAGUAUUUCAAGAAAGUUGUCAAGGAAUACAUGUAUGUUACAGGGCAAUUAGAUUUGUCCGAUGUGAUUCCAUUUCCACUCCUGAGAUGGCUUGAUCCUCUGGGGCAUAUUAAAUCCAUGAAGCGUCUUUUCAAAGAGCUUGAUGCUAUCAUGCAAAUCUGGAUCGACGAACAUGUUGAGAAAAGAAGGACGAAGAGCAUUUCCGGUGAUGAGCAAAGCUUCAUAGAUGUUCUGCUUUCAGUGAUUGAAGAUGACUUCACACUUGGCCAACCCAGGGAGACCUUAAUCAAGGCCACAAUAAAUAACCUGAUCCUAGCAGGAUCCGACACGACGUCAGUUCAUUUGACAUGGCUGUUAUCCCUCUUAGUGAACAAUAGGCAAGUGAUGGAGCAAGCACAAGAAGAAAUAGACUCAAGCGUUGGUAAAGAGAGAUGGGUAAACGAAUCCGAUAUAAAGAAUUUAGUAUACCUCCAAGCAAUCGUGAAAGAAGCAUUGCGCUUAUACCCACCAGGACCUCUAUCGGUGCCCCACCUAGCCAGGGAAGAUUGCGAGGUAAGUGGUUACCAUGUCCCGAAAGGCACUCGUUUAUUUGUCAACGUGUGGAAGCUGCACCGCGCAAGAAUUUGGUCGGAGCCGGACAAGUUUUGCCCCGAGAGAUUCAUGACUAGCCACGCAGAGGUUGAUGUUUCUGGCCAGCAUUUCGAGUUCACCCCUUUUGGCUCUGGCAGGCGGUCUUGUCCGGGAAUAACAUUUGCGAUGCAAGUGACGCAUUUAACGCUAGCGCGGCUGCUUCAGGGGUUCAAUUUUGCUGCACCUUCAGACUUGCCCGUUGACAUGGCCGAAGGCCAAGGAAUGACCUUGCCCAGGGUAAAUCCGCUUGAGCUACUGGUGGUGCCUCGCUUGGCCUGUGAGCUUUAUGAAUAUUAAAUUAGCCAGCACAGCAGGUUGGAUAAAGGAUAAUCUAAGCAGUUAAAUGCUUCUAAUUGUUAGUACUACUACUUAUUUCUUAUUCCAACAAGUUGAUGUAAAAUGAUUCGUGCUAGUGUGU